GCGCGACUUGGCCUUGGCGCGCGCCUUCCCGCCCUGCUUCCCGCGCCCGGACAUCCUCACUCGAUUCCGCGUUCACUUCUCUGAAAAACUGGCAACAGAGCGAAGGGACCUGGCGGCGCGCCUCAGCUAUAGCUUCGUUUUCCCACCUCUCCCCUUCGCUGAUAGGCUGAGAACUAGGUCUUUCCUGGGUAGCCAAUGAGAACGCGAAUCGAAUUCUGACCAAUGAAAAGCAGGUAGAAGGGUGUAAUGACGAGAUAACAUGUUCUGACCAAUCAAAGUACGCGUAUUGAAUGCUGCUCAUUUGCAUAAGAGGCCUAUAAAUAUGUGGAACGCGGCUACUUCCCCCCACUUCGCUUUCUUCCUCCUGACGCAGACGGUCUGUGUGGUCUCUGAUAGAGCCGCGUUUGCUGCGAUGCCCGAGCCGGCCAAGUCCGCCCCCGCGCCCAAGAAGGGCUCCAAGAAGGCGGUGACCAAGACGCAGAAGAAGGGCGACAAGAAGCGCAAGAAGAGCCGCAAGGAGAGCUACUCGAUCUACGUGUACAAGGUGCUGAAGCAGGUGCACCCCGACACGGGCAUCUCGUCCAAGGCCAUGGGCAUCAUGAACUCCUUCGUGAACGACAUCUUCGAGCGCAUCGCCGGCGAGGCCUCUCGCCUGGCGCACUACAACAAGCGCUCCACCAUCACCUCGCGGGAGAUCCAGACGGCCGUGCGGCUCCUGCUGCCCGGCGAGCUGGCCAAGCACGCCGUCUCCGAGGGCACCAAGGCUGUCACCAAGUACACCAGCUCCAAGUAAAGCGCCUCGGAUCGUCGGUUUUAACACAAAGGCUCUUUUAAGAGCCACCCACCUUUUCAAUUUAAAGGGCUGUACAGUCAAAUGCAUCAAAUUUUAAUUUCUUAAUGUGAAUUUUUAAUUUACAGUCUUUUAUGACUUAAGUGUGAGAAAUACUUUUUUUCUUCCCGUUAGGGAGCGUAAACUACUUGGCAACAAAUGACUUACUGUAAGUAAAGUGUUUGUAACUGAAGUUUUCUUAUUUUCUUGCUCGGUGAUACUGUUUCCUUAUGAUUCUAUUACACUCUUAAGGUUGUGGUGUCUUUCAUGUGCAAUACAUCACUCUUAAUUUUGAGCAUGUUCAUCUUAUGUGUUAUAAAUUGAAGGGAAAUUUAUAUUUCUGUAGUUUUUACAGAAUUUACAAUUCUGUAGUUUUCUAGUCGCGAAAGAAUAAAUUUUUGUUACCGGAA